UAAGAAAUCUAUUCUUAUAUAGCCAUCAUGAGGAUAAUAAUGUUAUGUAUCGUGAGUAUCGUGACCAUGGGCAUAGCUACCGCAGACAAGGUUAGCUACGAAGGUUACAAACUCUUCAGCAUGAUCCCGAAAACAUUCACGCAAUUGAUGUUACUUAAAAAAUUCAAAGAGAUGGGUGACGCCGAAUAUAGCUUCUGGCAAGAACCAAAUUUGAUUGACGGAGAAGUGUUUCUUAUGGUACCGCCGCGCAAUUUGGAUCAAUUUUACAAAAUAAUAGAAGGUUUCGAAGUACCAAUUACGGAUGAGAACGAGUAUGGCCUUUGGGACGAUUUCAAUUUGAACUUUGAAGUCAGAAUUGACAAUAUCCAGAAAUUAAUCGACGACGCGACUACUCCUCAGAAUAAAUCGCAGGGAUUUGAUUUUAAGCAAUAUCAUACUCUCGAAGAAAUCUACGAUAAUCUGGAAGA